AUGGCGAGCCUGUUGUAUGCAGUCAACAAGUAUCUGGGUUUCUGGGGCCAGAGUUCACACCACAGUGGGACUUCAGGAGGCAGCCAUCUACACUGGGGGCCCCAGUGUCAGCAGCCAGUGCCUAAUGGUUUGCCCAUCACUAUGGUCCUGCUCCCACACCUAACUGGGCUCUGGAUCUCAAAGGGCUUCAAGGUUCGUCCAGGGCCAGAAUUCCUUACCCAUUCUUACACCUUCUACUCGAGCUACCUCUUGCGAGCCUACCAGUACUACAGAGACCCUUCCUGCCAGGAGCCUAGCCACUCAUUGCUCAUCAAGGGCAAAGUUCAUCUGCGCCAGGCCUCCUGGGUCACCCAGGGUGCCACGGAGGCUGACUACCGUCUACACAAGGUGGGCAUAGUCUUCCACAGCCAACACAUCCUGCUUGACAUUGCCAGGUGCCUCAGCCAGACCCAGGCUGUCCAGGACUGUACAGAACGUCUGCCUCCAGGCCAGGCCUGGCUGUCAGGGAUGCUGUUUGAGCUCCUGAGCUCCCAGGUCCCAGAUGUCCUGGUGGCACUGGGCUUCAGCAUGGACGAACUCAGUCUGCUGUGCCUGCAAGGUCACAUCCAACAGCAGCCUGGGGUGGCACCCUGUCUAGUCCAGGAGUUGUUCCUUGGGGAUAUCCACACUGACUGGGCAGAGAGACAGCACUACCAUCCCAAUGGCCACCAGUGCCCCCUGCAAAGUGCUCUGGGAGGAUGGAGCUCUUACCACCCUUGGCCCUACCUGACUUGCAGUUUCAUCGCCAGCUCUGACGAGCACCACCCAUCUGUGUUGCCUUGCCAGCCCUACCACUGCGCCUUGGUGGCCACUGGGAUCAGCAUGGGCUGUGAGUCAAGGGACUUCAGCUUUGAUGACCACAGAUGCUCUUGGGAAGGGGAUUACCACCAUUUUUCAGACCCUGUCUGCCGCCGGCCUACCUUCACGGUGUUUGCAGUUGGCCACUACUCCAGAGGCACCCCAUCCCCCUGGGUCCAGAGCGGCACUGAGCUGAUGUUUGAGGUUAUACGGGUUCAUGUGACCCCCACGGACCAGGUCACUACAAUACUCAACUUCUCCAAGCCAAGCAGCUGUGGUGGCCCAGGGAUCUGGUCAGUAGGUACUGAGAGGAAUGUCACAACCACCAAUGGGUGCCUGCCCUUGGGCAUCAGGUUCCCACAUGUAGAGUAUGAACUGUUCGAAGUGGAAUAAGACCCUCAUGGGCAGAGCCUGCUCUUCAUUGGACAGAGGCCCACAGAUGGAUCCAGUCCUGAUACUCCUGAGAAACGCUCUACCUCCUUCCAAGCCCUCCUGCUGUUCUGCAAGAGGCAGGCCCAAGUGGCCCCCAGGCCAUUAUGGCAAAGGCCUCCAAUGCAGAAGCUCCCCAUUGGGUGGUCACCAUAUCUUUCUGUCAUCUCUCUCACGGUGCUACUCAAGGACUGGUCCUCUUUGAAUAACUAUGACAUCAGCCUUUAA